AUGGCAGAUACUUAUUCUCAUUUGGUCGAUCAAUACCACACUGAUGGAUUUGUUAUACUUCGAAAUGUAAUUGAUGCGCGUUUGGUAGAAGAAUGUCAAAAACAUGUAGAAUUCUUACAGUCGAAAUUUCCAUCAAUACCAGGCGAACAUUUGCAUCACCCCAUCAUGCGUAAUGAUCCAUUUUGGGUGCGCUUGGUAAGCGAUCCACGUCUAUUAGAUUUAGCUACUAUCUUCGGUUCACCUUUUAUCGAACCGAAUGGUGGUAUUGCUUUAUUUUCAUCUCAUUACUUUUGUAAACCAGCCAAAACAGGUAUGAAAGUUCUUUGGCAUCAAGAUGGUUCCUACUGGCCACUGAAGCCAAUGAAUGUAUUGACAAUGUGGUUGGCCGUCGAUGAUAGUGAUACAGAAAAUGGAUGCCUCAGAGUCAUUCGUGGUAGCCACCGAGGAGAAUUAUCCAAAUUGAAAGAUGAUGUUACAGUCGAAAAUGUUCUGGGUAGCUAUACUCAUCGAGAUGAAGAUAUCGAUAAAGACAAAGUCGUUGAUAUUAUCUUGAAACCUGGUGAUGUUAGUAUCCAUCAUCCAAACAUAAUUCACGGUUCUGAAGCUAAUACAAGUGAUCGUCGGCGAUGUGGAUUAACAAUUAGAUAUAUAGCACCAACAACGCAAUGUCUAAAUGCAAAACAACCAGUGAUGAUGAUGAGGGGUUCACCUGUGGAAGGUAUUAAUCAUUAUCGAAGUUGGCCCAAAUAUCGUCACGGCUAUGAUUUUCCAUUUGAUGGUUGCGAACAAUGGAACGAUCGACGACGAGUGGAGCCAGACGAUGAAUCGUAUUUUGAGAGAACGGAUUAUGCUCGAAUGAACCAAGAAAUUGAAGAUGAAGUUCUUGGCUUUAUUGUACAAUUAGGAGGGAAAAAGAUACAAAAAGAAUGA